GCUCGCGCUUGAUCUCCUCAUCUAGUAGCUUUCUCAUUUCCCUUCACAUUUCCCUGUGAAGGAAGAGAAGAAAACGCUCUCUCUUCCCGUGAUCCUCUCCGGAUCGCAGUCGGAGAUCCCAAAAUCGUCAAUGCGUUAGUUAAUCCUAUCAUUUCCUGUUUGGUUGCUGAGAAAAUUUGAGGAAGCUUAGAUUUGGAGACUAUUGCGCGGGUACUCUUUAAGGUGCAAAUUGAAAUCAGAGUGAAUCUUCACAAUUGACAGGAUCAGAUCGUUGGUUGAAAGAUGAGUUGGAACCCACAUAUGGAGGUUCAUUAUGUCAACACCAGCUACCCUUAUAAUAGUGCUGGGAGCUUUAUGGAAUAUUUUGAGGGCCUCACUUAUGAACAUGUUAAUUUCAUUUUUGAUGGUGCAUCUCAUGUUCAGGAGAGUAUAUACCCAUCAAUGACUACAAAUUAUUACAAGUUUGGACUCUCUGAUUUGGGUAGUUUUUCAUAUUAUGAUCAUGGCCAUCUUUAUGAGUUGAAUGAUUGUGAACCACGCGUUGAAGAAUAUAGAAGGCCAUCAAUGGUGAGUAAUGAACAUAAUGCUGCAAUGAAUGUGCCAUGGGAAGGAAAUGCAAAUGCAGCUAGACGUGAAAACCAUGUAGAUCGUCCACGGAGACAUGAAAGUGCUCGUGAGAAUCAGGUCAUUUGGCAAGACAAUGUUGAUCCUGACAACAUGAGUUAUGAGGAAUUACUUGAAUUAGGGGAGACAGUGGGAACUCAAAGUCGAGGUCUUUCCCAAGAGCUUAUUUCUUUGCUUCCAGUCUCAAAAUACAAGUGUCGACUGUUCUCAAGAAAGAAAUCAAGAAAUGAGAGAUGCGUGAUUUGCCAGAUGGAAUACAAACGAGGUGAGAGGCAAAUCACUCUACCCUGUAAACAUGUCUACCAUGUUGGUUGUGGAACCAGAUGGCUUGGUAUCAACAAGGCUUGCCCCAUAUGUUUCACUGAAGUGUUUGGUGGUGCAUCAAAACGCUAAGGAAUAACCACUAAUGAACAUAUAACACUAAAACACAUACAUUUGUUGGCGUUUCUCUCUUGCUCUUUUAUUUUCAUCCCUUGAGUUUGUAUGGAGUUGUUUCACUCUUCUACUUUGGCAGAAGAACAAUUCAUUAGGUUUUGUAAUAAUUGAAAUUAAAGUGUGGACAUGCUGUAUCAGAUGGGCUUGUUAGAGAUGUUGUUAGGGAGAGGAUGGGGAUUGUAUAGAACUUC